ACAUAAAUCUUCAAGAUGUCCGUAGGAACAUGUCCCAGAGAAGAACAGUCAAGAGGUUUCUUAGAAGAACAUCGAAUUCCCGAAUUGUUCAAUAACCUGACAUCGCAACUGAUCUUUCAUAGACCAGAUGAUCCUCGUGAUUUUAUGAUACAAACAUUAGAGUCUCUCAAGCAAGCAAGAACCACUGGAAUUGAUCAUCCUUGUCUGUUCGACGAUUCGAAUAUUGAAAGUGUAUUUGGGAUGCUGGACCCAAAUACUACUGGCUACAUUCGUCUAGCACAAUAUAAAGCAGGACUAAUUACUUUGGGUAUCAACAAAUUCAAUGAACAUCCUCCAGGGAGUGAAAUGGAUCGGAUAUCUUUGGCAGCCUUUAAGAAAGAAGCGUGA